AUGGAGCUAUGCGGUCGUCAAAAGGUCGUCCAGCGCAAGAUGGUGCUGCUAGGUGAUGGUGCCUGUGGCAAGACCUCUGCACUGAAUGUCUUUACAAGAGGAUUCUUCCCGACUGUCUAUGAGCCAACCGUCUUUGAAAACUACGUCCACGAUAUUUUCGUCGACAACGUACAUAUGGAGCUGUCGCUCUGGGAUACAGCUGGACAGGAGGAAUUCGACCGUUUGCGCGCACUUUCCUAUGAGGACACCCACGUGCUCAUGCUUUGUUUCAGUGUCGACAGCAGCGACUCGUUCGAGAAUGUCGGUUCUAAAUGGAUCGCUGAAAUCAACGAGAACUGCCCCGGUGUUAAGGUUGUACUCACGGCACUGAAGUGUGAUUUGAGGAAGGAUGAUGAGAUGAAUGAAAACCCCAGCGCCAUCACUUUCGAUCAGGGAUUGGCAAAGGCGAAGGAAAUCGGCGCUGUUAAAUACUUGGAAUGUUCGGCGGUGCAAAACCGUGGGAUUCGUGAGAGCUUUUAUGAAGCUGCCAAGGUUGCCCUGGACGUCAAACCCGUUGGAGGUAGUGGUUCUGGCUCAAAGUGUGUCAUUCUCUAA